AUGGCGAGCGCCAAGCUGCGACGGGUGUUCCUCCCGACGCUGGACCGGCGCGUGGCCCGUGCGAGCAUGCAGAUCUACAGCGCGACGGCUAUGACCGGUAUGUACAUCAGCCGCGCCGAUAUUGAAGAGCAGUGGAUUGUCGUAUCCAACCCCAGCGCGUACGACAUCGACCUCUCGGGCUACACACUAGCCAACGAGAAUGGCACGCGCAUCUUCCGCUUCCCGCGCCACUACAUCAUCUUCGCCGGCGAAGAGACUACCGUGUGGUGCACGCCCGGCGCGACGGCUUUUAACCCACGCGCUCUCCGCGAGCCGUACCUGCUCUGGACGCAGCCAAACGGGUCCUUGGCCCACACGCCCUUUUUCAACCACAAGGACGCACAACACGACGUCUUGCUCCUGGACCCGUACUUGUCAGAGGUCGCGUCGCUACAGAUCACAGCAUCCGGGCACAAGACGUUCCGCGUCCGGCAAUGUCGCGCGCCCGCCGACGGCGCUUACGUCUUUGCCCGGUACAGCAACGUCGCGUCGGAUGCGUCGUCCUUGGCCCACGUCGUCGCUGUUGUUAUCACCCCCGUGUUGGAGAUGGGUCGCCUCUGGCUCCUCAUGACGCUGCUGCUGCAAGUGCAUUGGGUUCCGGCCUCGACGGAGCCGCACCUGCUUGUGUACGCAUUUGUAUGCGAUAUUGCGGCCCGAGUAGCGAGUCUCUUUCUCCAACACGCCUCGCUGGCCUCGUUCCUCGCGCAAACGUCCAUGGGCAUUGACCAGCUUCACGUCGUCGUCGUCUACCUCGCCUUGUCGACCGCGUAUCCCGCAAUAUCCAUCUUCCGCACGCUCAUGACCGCCGAGCUCACGGCGAACUUUGUGGGCCUUCUGGGCGCGGACCGCGUCGCGCAGCAGUCGCGCUGGCACCCGAUGCACAUGAUGCUUGAGGGCGCGAUCUACAUCCACCCGCUCAUCUUUGCGGGGUGCUACCUCGCCAAGGAAAGUCUGGUGUACAUGCUCUUCCUCAAGGCGACGCUGCCAUCGACUACCAUUGCCAUGCACGCGCUCAUCUAUCUCUGCGUGCCGCUCUUCGCCGUGAGCACCGCCAUUUCGAUCGCGCGCGGCGCCACGGUGGCUCUGCACCUUGCCGACUUGACCUUAGCUCGUCUGCGGUACGGUCCGCCAUAA